AUAUGUGUUCGAAUGACUGAGCGACUAAUGUCAAUCCAACCCAACCCAAAACCAAAACCUUGACUCUUCUUUAAUGCUUUCUUCUUCUUCUUCUUCUUCUUCUUCUUCUCCUUCUUUCUUCGUUGCGCUCUCAUUCUCGAAUCGAUCUACGACACGCAUAGUCCGGCAAGGGGCCGCUUUUGCGGAGGCUUCUCCACCUCAUCGCAACACCUACCAAACGAAAAAGUUUACUUGCUUUUCUUGUCGUUUUUGGCUCCCAGGUUUAAAGGUUGACCUCAAUUAUUGCCUAGCAGGUGGUGGAGUGGGGAUUUCUUGAUUUAACUUGUGGAUUUUGGCUUUUGGGAUCGAAAUCCCAUCUGGGUAUAAACCUGCUCCUUCUCAUUUUCAAUUGAGCGUUCUUAUUUGUCUGUCGUUUCCAUCAGUCAGUGGAAGAUUUUGGCUGAUUGGAGUGUUUAGACUCAGGAUUACCAUCUGGGUUUUGCGUUUCUGGGCUAUUUUUGUCUCUAAAGAUUACCCUGGAUAAACUUCACGUAGUUGGAUGUCAUUUGUGGAAAUAUUUCAUCCACCAUAUGAGAUACUGGUAUAGCAAACAAGUUGCUAAAAGAAAAGUCUUUUUAGAAGGUUGAUAUGCUCUGCAGAUGAAACAAUAGAUAGAGCCUUCAUAUUCUUUGAAAGCGUGAUACAUCUGGUGGAAAUUUGUUGUCCUGAUUUGGAGAAUCAGUGUUGAUAUUUUAAAGGAGAAAAAAAAAACAUGUCCCCUGGAGGUGGUUUCUGCAAAGAAAUGAUAGAAUCCCAUGUUACAUAUGGAGAUUGUGAUGCAGCAACAUCAAAUUUGGAGUUAAGAAGUUCACCUUUCAAGAAAGGUGCCUCUAGUUUGAGUGAAAAUAUUGGAAUGGCGUCAAACAAUGAUGUGCACGAACUACUUGAGUGUCCGGUUUGCAUGAAUUUGAUGUUCCCUCCCAUUCAUCAGUGUCCGAGUGGCCACACUCUAUGUUCAAGCUGCAAGGCUAGAGUACAUAAUUGCUGCCCCACAUGCCGCCAGGAGCUUGGAAAUAUUAGGUGUUUGGCAUUGGAGAAAGUUGCGGAAUCACUGGAUCUCCCAUGUAGAUAUCAAGUUUUGGGUUGUAAUGAUAUUUUCCCAUAUUACAGCAAGCUAAAACAUGAAAAGAACUGUAAGCAUCGUCCAUUUAGCUGCCCUUAUGCAGGAGCUGAAUGUUCUGUCACUGGUGACAUCCCUUUCCUUGUAAUGCACUUGAGGGAUGACCACAAAGUUGACAUGCAUGAUGGGUGCACGUUCAACCAUAGAUAUGUCAAGUCCAAUCCUCAAGAAAUCGAAAAUGCCACGUGGAUGUUGACUGUUUUCAACUGUUUUGGCAGGCAGUUCUGCUUGCAUUUUGAGGCUUUUCAGCUCGGUAUGGCACCUGUUUACAUGGCCUUUCUUCGGUUUAUGGGGGACGAUGAUGAGGCGAAGCAAUUUACUUACAGUCUUGAAGUUGGUGGCAAUGGAAGAAGACUGAUGUGGCAAGGAAUACCUCGAAGCAUCCGGGAUAGUCACAGGAAAGUCCGCGACAGUCAAGACGGGCUAAUCAUUCAGAGGAACAUGGCACUGUUUUUUUCAGGUGGUAGUAGGCAGGAGCUGAAACUGAAAGUGGCUGGUCGAAUAUGGAAGGAGAAUUGAGCUAAAUAAAUACAAAACAGAUUCUUCAAUUACACUAUGUAUGGUAUGGGAAGAAAAAGUUAAAGGCAGGGUAGGAAAACUAUUAGGAAUUUCUCUGUAAAUGAGUAGAUACAUGUUGCUUGCUUGAAGUCAGAUUACUAUAUUGAUUUAUUAAUAAAUCUAUGAAGGAAACUUUCUUUGGGUAA